AUGCAAUUAUAUAAUGUCUUCGCCUUCCCCAUCGUGCGCGACCAGCUCAUCGCCAACACAAUCUUCGUCGCACUUGCCACUGUUCUGGUGAUUUUGCGUGGCAUCUCCCGACGAAUUCGAAAAAACCAUAUAGGAUGGGACGAUGCAUGCUGCGUCGCAGGGCUAUUUCACACAUAUGGAAUGCUCGCAAUGCAUUUCCACUAUGCUCGUGUCGGGAUGCGACACCACAUCAAGACUAUCCCACCGGAGAAUGCUGUGUUGAUUGCCAAAAUGCUCAUGGUCUACCAAAUCGUCUACUACAACGCCAUGGUCUUGGCUAAGUUCUCCUAUCUUGCCUUCUACCUGCGGAUAUUUGUGUCAAGGGAAUUCCGCAUCCUGACGUGGGUCUGUAUGGGCUGUGCGGGCGCGUACUGGACGGGGAGUAUGCUUCAGAUUUUCCUAAUCUGCACACCCUUCGAAAGGAAUUGGAACCCGACACUGCCUGGUCAUUGUGCAAGUCAGAAUGUGGCAUUUUCGACGAUCGGAGCCUUUAACCUUCUCACCGAUGUGAUGAUCAUGGCAUUGCCAAUUCGCUUUGUCUGGAAAUUGCAGAUGUCUCUUGCGACUAAGCUGGCGGUGGUUGGAAUCUUUGGACUGGGUAUCUUUAUUUCCUCCAUCACCAUCAUCCGAAUCCGUGUCCUCACCACGGUCGAUUUCACCGAUUUGUCCUACUCGAUGAUCUGGGCUGCCUUCUGGAGUGUCACGGAGCCAGCUCUUGCCAUUUCAAAUUCUUGCGCGCCCAUGCUCCGACCGAUUCUUAAGGCCGCUUUCCCGUCCUUGUUCUCUAGUGUCCGUGCUCCAUACUCGACACAGCCGUCGACGGGACCCGUCCUGAGCAAGAAUAGUACGACGAAACGGGCGUAUGGCAUAGAUGAGAUGGAUAGUGAGUUUCCACUCACGCAAUUGGACCAGAGACCUGGAUCGGCGGAUGGAGGGUCGUUGAAUGAUCAGUCGCAGGAUGGUCGCUUGCACUAUACGGCAUAUCAUGCCUCUAGGUCUGUCAUUGGGAUGCCUAAAGGGUUCUAA